GUUCUACGAACUUUUAGACACUGUAUAAUAAAUGGUAGAUGAGGCUUGAAGGACAGAUCGUUGAAAGAGUUGUCUGAUAAUUUCUCCCGUAGAUCAAAAUCGACUCAGAUUGAAAUUCUUUCUUCCUGUAAUCUAGGGUCCGAAACCCUAAGCCAUACGCUUCCGACACUACAUUGACGCAUACGUACAUUCCUUUCGUGUAUCUCUGGUUUUGCUGAUCUAUGAAUUUGAACCGAUCAUGACGAUUCCAGAUUCGAUGUGUACGAUGAUGGAGAACGGAUCGAUUGAAUUUCCCUGCACGCCGGAAGAAGAAAGGAGGAUUAUACAGGAGCUCACGAACAAGGCCGAGUUUAACCUGAAAGAGGGCGACUUGGUUUAUGUUAUUUCUACCAGGUGGUACACGGCUUGGCAAAGAUAUACCGGGCAGCCUGUUGGUGCGUAUACAUUUGAUCAGCCUUUGGAAGGGCCAAAUACAGCUGAGAGACCUGGUCCAAUCGACAAUAGUGGUAUUAUUGCAAGAGGAAGUGAUAGUGAUUGUGAUGAUGCACAGCUUGUGAGAACCUUGCAAGAGGGGCUUGAUUAUGAGUUAGUUCCAAAAGAAGCAUGGGAGAAGCUUUUUGAGUGGUACAAAGGAGGACCAGCUUUACCCAGAAAGGUCAUUUCUGUUGGUGAUAAUAAGCAGUUAAGUGUGGAGGUCUUCCCACUAUGUCUCAAUAUAAUUGAUUCCAAAGACAAAAGUGAAAAGGUCUUAAGGUUGAGUAAGAAGGCCUCUUUGCGCAAACUUUAUGAAAGAGUGUGUGGACUUAAAGGGAUAGUGCUGGAAAAGGCAAAAAUCUGGGAUUAUUUUAAUAAAAACAAGCAUACAUUAUUGGCUGCUUCAGACCUAACGCUUGAAGAAUCCAACUUGCAGAUGGAUCAAGAUAUUCUUCUCGAGGUUCAAGCUGAAGGGGUUCAGCCUCCCAGUUUUGGCAUGGAUUCUACUGGAAACAACCUGGCAUUAGUUCCAGUGGAACCCAUGAGGUCAUCUGUUACCAUUGCAGGUGGCCCUACUUUGUCCAAUGGUUUCUCUAAUGGGUAUACCUCCAGUAUACAUCAACAGAGUUCUUCAAGCUCCACACUUGGAGACAUGGAGGAUGGAUAUGAAAACCAAAGAAAUACAACAAAAGGAGAGAGUGGGGGCUUGGCAGGGCUGCAAAACUUGGGUAACACCUGCUUUAUGAAUAGUGCUCUCCAGUGUUUAGUUCACACACCUCCACUUGUUGAGUACUUCUUGCAAGAUUACAGUGAUGAGAUCAACAGGCAUAAUCCCCUAGGGAUGCAUGGUGAGCUUGCACUUGCAUUUGGUGAGCUAUUGAGGAAACUUUGGUCCUCUGGCCGGACAUCAGUCGCUCCUCGUGCAUUCAAAGGAAAACUUGGUCGCUUUGCUCCACAGUUUAGCGGGUAUAACCAGCAUGAUUCACAGGAACUUCUUGCUUUUCUUCUGGAUGGGUUGCAUGAAGAUUUGAAUCGUGUUAAGCAAAAGCCUUAUAUUGAAACUAAAGAUUCUGAUGGCCGUCCAGAUGAGGAGGUCGCAGAUGAGUUUUGGAGAUACCAUAAAGCUAGAAAUGACUCUGUAAUAGUGGAUGUUUGUCAGGGUCAAUAUAAGUCAACAUUGUGUUGCCCAGAUUGCAACAAAAUCUCAAUUACAUUUGAUCCGUUCAUGUACUUGUCCUUGCCUCUUCCUUCAACUGCCACCAGGAUAAUGACAGUGACUGUGUUUUAUGGUGACGGAAGUGGCCUUCCAAUGCCAUAUACAGUUACUGUUUCAAAACAUGGUUGCUAUAAAGAUCUCUUACAGGCUUUAGGAACGGAAUGUUGCUUACAGAGUGAUGAAUAUUUGUUGCUUGCUGAGGUUUACGACCAUCGAAUUUUUCGAUACUUGGAUAACUCUUCUGAUCAGUUGCAUUCAAUUAAAGAUGAUGAACAUAUUGUUGCCUAUAGACUUCCCAAAAGAGCAGCAAGAUUAACAAAACUGGAGAUUUGCCACCGGUUCCUGGAAAAAUGUAGCAUAGAGAGCUCGAAGGCUGGAGAGAGGAAGCUCUUCUUGACACCACUUGUUACUUUCUUGGAGGACCCUGUGACUGGAGUCAAUAUUGAUCUUGCUGUUGACAGAAUGCUUUCUCCUUUAAGAAGAAAAUCAUACUUCAAGACCCAUGAUCUUGGGUAUAGGGAAAAUGGCUCUGCCUCAGAAGUUGUAGAACCAGGGAACAACUGUAGCACCCAGUCUGAUUCUAUUGUUAAAUCUGCAGAUGAUAUAGAACCAGAAGGAAGUUCCCGCAGUGAGUUGUCGUUUCAUCUUUGUAUAACAGAUGAGCGGGGUUCAACCUGCCGGCCAAUUGUGAAUGAUACACCAAUAAAACAUGGAACUGGUGGAAUUGUAAAGGUGUUUCUGGACUGGACUGACAAAGAGCACGAAUCAUUUGAUCCCAGCUAUUUGAAGGAUCUUCCUGAAGUACACAAAAGCGGACUCACUGUGAAAAAAACUAAGCCGGAGGCUAUUUCCUUAUUUUCCUGUUUGGAGGCAUUCUUGAAGGAAGAACCUUUGGGACCUGAUGAUAUGUGGUAUUGUCCUCGCUGCAAGGAACAUAGACAAGCAACCAAGAAGUUAGAUUUGUGGAGGCUGCCUGAUAUACUUGUCUUUCACUUGAAGCGUUUCUCGUAUAGUCGCUGGCUGAAGAACAAGCUUGAUACCUUUGUGAACUUUCCCAUUCACAAUCUUGAUCUAAGCAAGUAUGUGAAAAGUAACACUGCAUCCGAGGGUGCACAUGUUUAUGAGUUGUUUGCCAUCAGUAAUCAUUAUGGUGGCCUAGGUGGUGGGCAUUACUCUGCUUACUGCAAGUUAGUCGAUGAGAACAAAUGGUAUCAUUUCGAUGAUUCCCAUGUUUCUGCUGUUGCCGAGUCUGAUAUAAAGACAUCAGCUGCCUAUGUGCUCUUCUACCAACGAGUUAAGGUGCAAGAAAACGGAACGACUGGAGGACCAUCCCACAGUCAUACAUCAUGAAGGCUUUUGCUUAACGUCUGUUUGCCAUAAUCUAUUAUUUGGUGCUUCACUUCUUCGAAGGAACUAUCAACUCGAGCAAUACUUACACACCAAGCGGGUAUACACGAAGUUGUAGCUCACUUGGUUUGCCGCCUUGCCGGUGUAUGAUGGAGACAAUAGAAAGCAUGCUUUAAGGUGAAGCAUAUGCAGUUUUGUGGAGCAGCUAGGGCACAGAGGGAUAGGGGAGAGUCUUAAUGGAAGCAAGAGUUGUAGUAUUGUAGACUAGCAGCAGGGGCCCUUUUUCAGAUUUAAAAAUUAAUUAUUUUAUCGUUAUUCGAAAGGCAUAAAAUGGUUGCAUUUUCUUAUGGCUCCGUAUUUAUUACUGUAUUCUUUUGAAAAAUGGUAGUGUCAGCAAGGCUUGUAGGAAUGUUUGGGGGGUAGGGGAUAGAAAAACCAUUUAUAAUGGGUAUUUCCUACUCUGAUAUUGAAUUCUUGCAGAGUUUAAACCCCAUGGAUUUCAAAUUGGUUGCACAUUUUAUUUCAUUUUCUUA